GACGCCGGCGAAGACACUUCAGUCUCGUUAAAGCUGCGGUGACGUGCGGUUCGUGCUCAUUUUACAUAUCGAAAGAAAACACGUGAACUGUGACCACGUGGAUCUGUGCGUGACAAUCUAUUGCGCGAUACCUGCACCGUGUGGGUUCAAGUGUUGAGUUUAUUUUUUUUUGGUGAGCAGUCGGGAAGAUUUUUUUUUUCGGGACCUCGUGGACGCGAGAACAACCGUCAACCUGGAGCCCACGUGUCAGAAACGACGGAAAUGUGAGGCCGACGUAAAGGAGGCGAAGGCGGAGCUGGCGCAACGCAAUAUGUUCCCUAGCGCUCAAAUUAAAAUGAGUAUCUUUGUCAGAUUGCUGUCGCCAAGCAGUUCGCCGGCCACGUCGCCCACAAUGUCCAAUUCUUCAUCACCGACGCCACCGACUCCGGCUGCAGCAUCCUACAACCAGAAGAUGACCGGAAUACCCUGCGUGGCAGCCGCUUCCAGAUACACGGCUCCCGUCCACAUCGACGUAGGUGGAACGAUAUACACCUCCUCGCUCGAAACUCUGACCAAGUAUCCAGAGUCGAGAUUGGCAAAAUUAUUCAACGGAAGCAUCCCCAUCGUGCUGGACUCCCUGAAGCAACACUACUUCAUCGACAGGGACGGCGGCAUGUUCAGACACAUCCUAAACUUCAUGAGAAACUCCCGUCUCCUGAUACCGGACAACUUCGCAGAUCUGGAUCUCCUGCUGGAAGAAGCGCGAUACUUCGACAUAGCGCCGAUGUGCAGGCAAUUGGAGCAAAUGAAAAAGGAGCGGAUAAAGAACGGUUCCACGGGCACGACGACCAUGUCCUCCUCGUCCCCGAGCCCUCCGCCGACCAAUCAACUAGGAAAUCGCGGCACAGGGUGCACAACGGUGCCGAGCAACCGGGAUUCCGAGAAAAUUCGCGGCAACGAGGGAAAUUGCAAUUACGAGUGCGUCGCCCUCCACGUGAGCCCGGAUCUCGGUGAACGAGUGAUGCUCUCGGGCGGUCGGGCUCUCCUCGACGAGGUGUUUCCGGAAACGACGCAGGCGGUGAUCGACGCCCGAUCAGGGGUCGCCUGGCACCAACAGGACGCCCGCCACGUCAUCAGAUUCCCCUUGAACGGUUACUGCAAGCUCAAUUCCGUGCAGGCCAUCACCAGGCUUCUGAACGCAGGAUUUCGCGUGGUGGCGAGCAACGGCGGCGGGGUGGAGGGGCAACAAUUCUCGGAAUACCUGUUCGUUCGACAAGCCGUCAACACUUGACGGAACACCGUGCACCAGCGAAAGACCAGCUCGAGGAUGGUGCGCUGCCUUCAACGCGACCACGACCCCGAGUGAGCUUGUCCAGGAGACAUUUGUUCAGAAGACUGCGUUCACGAACGAUGAACGAUCGGUGUUUCCUUCUCUCGUUGUGAACGGAACACCGAGGAGGUGAUUUGAAGCUAUCGUCGUUUCAGAUGAGAUAUCGUGACUUCGUAACUUCGUCGAUCCUUCGGUCAGGGAUAACGCGUAUAUUUAAUUACUCGUUCGGGAUAUUCAGCGGCUCCCCCCCUCCCAUCGUUCUUUCUCUGAUUUAUAAUUAAAUUAUAUUGCCGGGAUAAUCUAUUAAAAGGAGAGAUAAAUGAUGAAAGACAAAUGUAUGGAAGGUAAAAAUUUCGUUUAUUUUUUUGCAAUUAGUUUGUAUACAUUCUGUGAUAUAUAGUUUUCGGAUUUUAUUAUUGGUUUGGUAGGGAGCUAUUAGUGUGAAAUAUUUGCGGUCGUUGAUCGUGAGGUUGUUCGAGAGUUCGUAGUUAUUGAAAAAUAAUAUGAGAAUGAAAGGGGGCAAUUAUGUGAAAGAAAUUCGCAGGGUAUAUUCUUGAUCAAAGGUUUCGAUUUUCGUCCAGAUUUUCCAGAAUCGCGGUUCAUGUGCGGUUCGACUUUAUGGAAAUAUUUAUGUUUCUAACUUGUGUGCUACUUACGAGUCGAUAAAAUCGAUUGUAUUUCAAUUCUGAUACGAGUCACGCGUGGAAAAUAGAAGAGAGAUUAGCCAUCGUAUUUUUGGAAAUCAUUUGGAAUGUAAUCGAACUUAAUUUACGCUAAAUUUUAUUCGAUAAUUCCGAAUAUUUGACAAAUCGAGUGCCUUGAGUUAUGCGUAUUUAAGUUAUAGAAUGUUCGACCGUGCAUAACGUAAUUAUAAAGAUUGAUAAAUUCAUGAUUAUAAGGAUCACCGAUCAACGAUUCUUUCUUAAAAAAAAAAUCGAGCCGACAAACGUAAUUUUCGCAGUUAUGCAUGAUUCGUCGAACGUAUCAUCACGCAUGCUCGUGACCCACUUAUGCAUAUAAGUAUUGGUAAGCUCCUUACUUUGCUUUUAUUUAAUAAGGUGUAUCUAUAUGUAUUUAAAUGCCAUAUUAAUUACUGUAAAUACCGCGAAUAAACGUGUAUCUAUAUCGAUAUAUAUAUAUAUAUAUAAAUAUAAAUAUAAAUAUAA